GUGCCAACGCGGACAGAUCUUGUACGUUCAAGCGGCGAAGGGAGGUGUUGCGAGAAGCUGCAAAGAAAACGCCAGUCAGUUAUGAAGAUGCUGCUGAAGUCACUAGCGUCCCUCUGCGUCCUGGCUGUUGUUGCCUUUGCUGUACCUGCUCAGGAGAAGCGCGUCCAUCACCACGCUGAUCUGAGUGAUCACGCUCACAAUGAUGCUCACGACUUUCAGUAUGACCACGAGGCCUUCCUGGGCAAGGAGGAGGCCAAGACCUUUGACCAGCUGACCCCUGAGGAGAGCAAAGACAAAUUAGCAAAGAUCGUGGACCGCAUUGACACUGACAAGGACGGCUACGUCAGCCAUGCAGAGCUGUACUAUUGGAUCAAACACAGGCAGAGGAGGUACAUCGAGGAGAAUGUCAACAAACACUGGAACGACUAUGACAAGAACCGAGAUGGCAAGAUAGGCUGGGAGGAGUACAAAAACACCACCUACGGCUACUAUCUUGAUGAGGAGUUUGAUGACAUUGAAGACAAGGCCACCUAUAAAUCCAUGCUCACACGGGACGAAAGGCGCUUCAAGACAGCUGACCGAGACGGUGAUGGUAUUGCCACACGGGUGGAGUUCACAGCCUUCCUUCACCCUGAGGAGUUUGAUUACAUGAAAGACGUGGUAGUGCAGGAAACUGUGGAAGACAUUGACAAGAACGGGGAUGGCAAAAUCAACUUAGAUGAGUACAUUGGUGACAUGUACACACCAGAGCAAGGGGAGAGUGAGCCUGACUGGGUCCAGACAGAAAAGACACAUUUCUCAGAUUUCAGAGACGCCAACAAGGACGGCUACCUGGAUGCUGGUGAGGUGGCCCACUGGAUUUUGCCUGGAGAGGUUGACCAUGCUGAAAAUGAAGCCAAACAUUUGAUCCAUGAGACAGACACCAACAAGGAUGAGAAAAUAACCAAGAAGGAGAUUCUGGCCAACUGGAACAUGUUUGUGGGCAGCCAGGCGACCAAUUACGGGGAAGAUUUAACGAAGAGACACGAUGAACUUUGAUAGCUGUCAGAACCUAAUUUGGGUUUAUAUUUCACCUCUGGAGAAUUUCGUUACAGUGGUUUCAGGUUCGGGGUGGGUCUCUUGUAAAGUCAGUGAGGUAAAGUUUUGACUGUCAUGGACUCUGCAUGUACACAUGCACAUACACACCUUCACAUCCACAGACAUAUGUACUAAUCCAUUCAAAUUCAGCAUACACUUGCAUACUGUGUAUGUGAUUACAGAUGAAUACACAAUGAUGAUUCUGCACAGAAGGGGCGAGUUGGUGACUGAUGGGCUGUGGUACUGACUUUUUGGUGUGAAACUGUUAAAUAAAGUUGUUUUUUCUACA